AUGGAUUUGGCAGCAUUUUUGUCAGCCUUACUUGCUGUAACUCUUGUCGCAAAAUUCAUUCAGCAUUGGGUCAUCGACAGGCCUGUACCCAAACCCAAGGAGCCGCUUCCCCCGGGCCCACUAAAGUGGCCCAUAGUAGGCAAUCUGCUCCAAUUGGGCCAAUACCCACACAGAGACUUUGCCUCUCUGUGUGACACAUAUGGGCCCUUAGUUUACCUCAAACUGGGCCAAGUCCAUGCCAUCACCACUAAUGACCCAAGCAUCAUCCAUGAAAUCCUCGUCCGCCAGGAUGAUGUCUUCGCCUCUCGCCCACACACCCUUGCCGCCGUUCAUCUUGCAUAUGGGCGAGGCGAUGUUGCCCUGGCUCCUCUGGGACCUCAUUGGAAGAGGAUGAGAAGAAUUUGCAUGGAGCAUCUGCUGACGACGAAGCGACUGGAGUCAUUUGCCAAACACCGAGAAGAUGAGGCCCAACACCUCGUGGCGGAUGUUUGGGCCCAGGCCCAAUCAGGAAAGCCCAUCAACCUAAGGGAAGUGCUGGGUGGAUUCUCAAUGAACAAUGUGACGAGAAUGUUGUUGGGAAAACAAUAUUUUGGGUCAAAAUCAGCAGGGCCUCAAGAGGCCAUGGAAUUUAUGCACAUAACUCAUGAGUUGUUUUGGCUACUGGGUGUGAUAUACUUGGGUGACUACCUCCCAAUGUGGAGGUGGAUAGAUCCCUCUGGGUGUGAGAAGAAAAUGAGAGAGGUUGAGAAGAGAGUGGACGACUUCCACUCCAAGAUAAUUGAGGAACAUAGGGAAGUCAUGAGAAAUAAGAGCAAGAAAGGUGAUGACGAAGAUGAAGAAAUGGACUUUGUGGAUGUUUUGCUUUCUUUGCCUGGUGAAGAUGGGAAACAGCACAUGGAUGAUGUUGAAAUCAAAGCCUUAAUCCAGGAUAUGAUAGCUGCAGCCACGGAUACAUCAGCCGUGACUAACGAAUGGGCGAUGACAGAGGCGAUUAAGCAUCCACGUGUCCUUCAUAAAAUCCAGCAGGAGCUUGAUUCUAUUGUGGGCCCUAGCAGAAUGGUCACUGAAUCUGACUUGGCACAUCUUAACUACCUGCGCUGUGUCGUGCGUGAAACCUUCCGGAUGCAUCCUGCGGGUCCUUUUCUAAUCCCACACGAGUCCCUGCGUGCUACCACCAUCAACGGCUACCAUAUCCCUGCAGGGACACGUGUCUUCAUUAACACCCACGGAUUGGGUCGUAACACCAAGAUUUGGGAUAACGUAGAGGAGUUUAGGCCCGAGAGGCACUUGCCGGCUGAUGGAAGUCGAGUGGAGAUAAGCCACGGAGCUGACUUCAAGAUAUUGCCAUUCAGUGCUGGGAAGAGGAAGUGUCCUGGCGCGCCGCUUGGAGUGACUUUGGUUUUGAUGGCUCUAGCUCGACUCUUCCAUUGCUUUGAUUGGACCCCAUUGGACCAUGUUGAUACAGCAGAGGUUUAUGGCAUGACUAUGCCAAAGGCUGAGCCCUUGAUUGCCAUCGCUAGGCCACGUUUGGCAAGACACCUGUAUAUUGAUGUCAAAAAAAUAAUUGUUAUUUAA